AUGGUUGUUAUUGACUCGGAGAUCAAACACAAGGAUCCGAACUCGGUAGAUGCCGAGCAGAUGAGCACGUGGAAGCGCGAACAGCUAGCCGAGCUGUCGCUGCAGCUGCAGCAAGGCUCAGUCGAUUUAGGAUCCGUUCAGCAGUUGCUGCAGCAGCAGCAACAGCUGCUGCAGGAGCUGUACUGCCGCAUCCGCAGCGAAGAGGAUAUUGAUGCAAUGGCGCGAACGCUGGACUGUCUGAUGGUUGCAGUCUUGUCGUAUCUCAAAGUGCACUUGCCAGCUCUUCGCCACAAGCCUGCAGUCGCCCCUGCAGCAGCAGCAGCAGCAGCAGCAGCAGCAGCAGCAGCAGCAGCAGCAGCAGCAGCAAGGCGUGGGCAUGGGCUUAGCGCCGCAGAUUACUCCCCCUGUGUCGACGAUUCUCCCCUCCUUUCUCCUGCAUGCGAUGCUGCAGUUGCUGCAGUCACAGCAGCAGCUGUGGGGGAGGGAGGAGCUGCUGCACGACAUGCUGCUUUUGGAGAAGCUGCCGCCGCAGUGUCUGGAGUUGCCUCAGAAGCAGACGUUUUUGUCGCCGAGCUGCUCAAUGCCUUCGUGCGUGUUGUCUUGCCAGCACACAACUGCAGACACACGCAGUUUAUCGUCUUCUUCGUGGCAUCUCUCGAAGUUCGAUGGACUGUUUUGCUGCUGCAGCAGCUCUUCAUGCUGCUCGUCAACAGAGCAAGGCACAUCCGACUUCGUCGCAUCGCCUGCUGCUACAUCGCUUCCUUUCUCUGUCGAGCACGCGUUGUACCUCCUAGCAUUGCGGCUGCAGCGUUGCAGCAGCUGCUGCUGCUGCUGCAUAGGGGCUUUUUAAGGACUGGCACUGGUCUUUUCCAGCAGCAGCAGCAGCGCAUGCGUGUCUUGCAGGCAGCCUUCACUAGAGACUUCGGUAAACAUACCGAAAAAUAA